AGAAGCUCACAGAGAGGCGGAGGCGUUUUCAGUUCCAGAGAUUUCCAACCUCUCUUUCCGUUGUUUCGUAGCAGCCAUGGCGACCACAACUGCCGCUCCUCCGCGUCAGCUCUCCGAUAAGGAGGCCGACAUCCAGAUGAUGUUGGCCGCCGAAGUCCACCUCGGCACCAAAAACUGCGAUUUUCAGAUGGAGCGUUACGUCUUCAAGCGCCGCAACGAUGGGAUUUAUAUUAUCAAUCUUGGUAAGACAUGGGAGAAACUCCAGCUAGCUGCUAGGGUUAUUGUGGCUAUUGAGAAUCCCAAGGACAUUAUCGUCCAGUCUGCUAGGCCAUAUGGGCAGAGGGCUGUCCUCAAGUUUGCUCAGCACACUGGGGUUAAUGCCAUUGCUGGAAGGCACACUCCCGGUACCUUCACUAACCAGCUUCAGACUUCCUUCAACGAGCCCCGUCUCCUCAUCUUGACUGACCCAAGAACCGACCACCAGCCGAUUAAGGAAGCUGCUCUUGGGAACAUUCCCACCAUUGCUUUCUGCGAUACUGAUUCGCCCAUGCGGUAUGUUGACAUUGGCAUUCCGGCCAACAACAAGGGGAAGCACAGCAUUGGAUGUCUGUUCUGGUUGCUGGCAAGGAUGGUUUUGCAAAUGCGCGGUUCUCUGAGGCCAGGACAUAAGUGGGAUGUCAUGGUGGAUUUGUUCUUCUAUAGAGAACCUGAGGAGGCCAAAGAACAAGAGGAGGAAGAAGCGGUGCAAGCUCCAGAGUACCUUGAAUAUUCUGGUGGUCUUGGUGGCGAUCAGUGGCCAACCCAAGGUGCUGAGGCUUCUUGGUCUGCUGAUGCGGCCCCUGCUAUCCCAGCAAUUCCUGCUGCGGGCUGGACUGGUGAACCAGGUGCGACACAAGAAGGUUGGGAUGCUGCUCCAGCACCAGUGGUUCCUGCUCCUAUCGUUGAGGGUGGUGCUCCCGUAGUGGCCAGUGGUUGGGAUAUGUAAUGGGAGAAGGUUACUGUCUGAGGCUUAAAUAAUUUAAUGUUUCUUUCAGUCUUAAUCUUACACAAUAGUUUAUACAGUAAUUCCUUUAUGUAUGGGGAUAUUUAUUUCUGUUUUAGAUGUUUGUUUAAUUGAAAACCUGAGGCUGCAAUUGUGAAAUUAUCUGUUUGAUUUACAAAUUUUGUUGAAUUGUGAAAUGAUUCAACCAAAGCAUCUGCAGAACCAAAUGGAUAAUCCCAUCCCCGGAUGGCAAACAAUGGAAUAUCUGGA